UGGGCUCGGCUCAAAUGUCAAACGCGACUAUUUCGUCAACAGAGUCGUGGCGCGGUAGUUGGAUUUUAUAAAAUAAUAACAAAUAUUACAACUGUUUUAUAAAGGAAAAUGGAUGUUAAGCGCUAAAACUCAGUUCUUAGCUUCAAGUCGUUAAGUUAUUGUUAUAAAUCGUGAAAUUCCAGCGUAUGUUAACUCGUGUUGUUUAUGCGAAUCGUUUCAUAUUGAUUUUUAUUCUUCGCCGGUUUUGUAACAUAGUUUUGAAGAUAAAUAUUAUUUUGAUAAACUAUAUAAACGUAUAUAAACUCAGUUUUGUGUAGAAUUAAGUUAUUAUUAUAGUGUGUUAUACGCAAAAGGAACUUUUGGUAUCGCAUUGUUACAAGUUUCAACGUGGGAAACAACGCAUACCAAAAUGGAGAAGGUUGAGAGCGCUUUGGAUGUGCUAUCGCGAGCCGCAACCAUGGUGCAACCUUGUCCUGCGUACCCGGCCAGUGAUUCGGAAAGUUUCGAGACUCCGAGCACAGCGUCGAGCGGAGAAUCAGAAGGAGACCGCACGCUGUCGCCUGAGACACCGCGCGCUCAGCCGAAGGAACUCACCGGGAAAUGGAGGCGGGAGCGGCGAUCCGUGCGCUUGCCUGACUACAGACCUAGGGAGAACGGCAAAAUGGCGCUACGGUCACAGUCUUUCAACGAGCGACGUACCGCGCCGUCGAUAGCGCGCGCACAGCCUCACAGCGACGGAGAGCUCUCCGACGAGACAGACGACGCGCCGGAGAAUCUAGCUCUCAACAUUAAUGGCAAAGCGCCACCAGAGUACCCGGGCACGAAGCACGAGGCGCCCAUAGACAUGCGCCUGCGCGCCCGUCCCGCGCCGCCGCCCUACAACCGGCCCUCGGUCAUCAAGAGCAACGACACACCACCCGGUUCCAUGUCAAUGUGCGACCCAGUAAUAGACGAGCACUUCCGACGCUCCCUCGGUGACGACUACAUGAACCUCUUCAAAAAGAACACCCCAAACCCAGAAAAUCAACCCACACCCAAACCGAACAUGAAAGACAGAGCCAGCAGUCCCAUACACUUCAAACCCGAGGAACCACCCAAGCCAACCAAAAUCAUAGCCAUGGAAGUAGAUGACGCCAGUCUCUCUGUAGACGACCAUUUCACAAAAGCUUUAGGAGACACGUGGAGGCAAAUACAAACCUCUAGGUUAAAAGACAACGAGAAGCAAUCAACAAAAGGAGGAGUCGACGAUCAUUUCAGCAAAGCUCUAGGUGAUACUUGGAAGAAAAUCCAAUCGUCCAAAAUGAACAUCGAAGACAACAAAUCUAAAGACCAAACCGCCAAAAUUAUCACAAGGAGCGGCGUCGUUAUAUAAUGAAGGCAAUUCUCUGGGCACAGUUUAUAGCCCCGUAUAAAUUUACGAGGCAUCACGAUGCUAACUGGAGUACCAAUAAAUUACCACUUGUUUAACCUUAAUGUCGCCGACGGUUUUUAUUGUGGCAUGAAUUUAUCAUUUAUCGAUUGAUAUCCAUGACAUUUUGGGUAGUUGACUUGUUAGUUUUCAUCCAAUUUUUAUCUACCGAAGGGUGGUGUUUUUCGAGUUUAUGUAUCUCUUUCUUUGGUACGCUUCAAGGUCGUUUAACGGAUUUCAACACAAUAUUAGAAUUGUCUCAUUUUUGGAAAUGUCUGAGUUCCCUUUUUCAUUAUUUGCCGUUUUUAUCACUAAGCCGUUUUUUACUUUUUCAUUAAUAUUUUUGUUAUUGUUUAAAAUAACUUGCAGAUAAAAUCUUGUCUGCAUAUGGUAAUGCAGACAAAUCUAAUGAUUCAGAAAUCUUAACAUUACUCCUAGCGUUAUUAUUAUUUGAAUACCAGUAAGUAUUAUAAGUGUCUUUCCUUAACUUGUAUUUUUUUAUUUUUGCUCAUUCUGUCUAUAUUUGAGUCAACUACCCCCAAUCUGUUACCUUAAACUUUUGGGUAUACGAGAUCGUUUCUCUUCGAUGUAGUCAAUUUUAUUAGUCACCAUUACACAUUAAGAUAUUACCUCAAUUUAAUGCGCUUUUGCACAAUUCACUAUAUAGGUGUAAGUUAAUUAUAAAAUUUAAUGUAUUUCGAUGAAAGGGUGAUUCUUUCAGUACCUAGCUAUGCUAAAUAUGGUUGUGUAUUUUAAUUUUGAGAAUAACUAUUUUACAUUUAUUUAAUAAAUCGAGCUCUGUUGUUAGGUUACACGCUAAUUAUCUAUUUAAGGCUUAGAAAAAUAGUGUUUCACACUUAAAAAUCGUUUUAAAUUAGCUCUUCUACGCUCUCUUAUCAAAAAAUUUUCCCCUUUCAACUUUUAAAUAAACACUAAUAAUAAUAAUAAUAAUGUUAAAAGUCUUGUAAAUAUUAAUUGUAGGUAAUUGAAAAUUCGAAUAAUGUUGUAAAUAUUUUAUAGACUAGGAAAUAAUUAAGAAUUUCGUUGAUUUCUCCAUUUCGUAAUGUUCCUCUAUUUUUUAUACUAUGAUCAUAAAAAUAGAUAUUAAGUAAAGUUUAUGAGGUACACGAAAAUUUUCUGCGUUUUCCAAGCGUUUACUAAAAAAUCGGUUGUCUGUAAUGUCGUUUACUGACGAUAGUUGAACGUGACAACGUCAUAAGAAAAUACUGAUGGAAUGGUUGCAUUUUUCUAAAGAAACUGUUUGUUUUUUCUAAAAUACUGUUAAUUAAUCUUCACAGACCAGAAUAUACUUUAUUUCUUGUAAAAAAAGUUAGCAACCCUGGAGAGAGGGGACGACGCAUGACGUCAUCUUUUUUCGAAUGUGCAGCCGGCUCCAUCGAAUUAUAAGACGUUGUCACGUCAAAAGUGCAGUAAAUUAUGUUCAAAAACUGUGUGUCUAUGAAAAUGACGACACACUAAAAAUUUACUGGACAUCGUGCGUUCAUUCAUAGACAAUACAGUGCUAAGUAAAAAUGAUUCAAAUGACCAGCAGCACAUAAUGUGUAUUUCUGUUUAGUUUUGCAUGCUUACCACAGGUUCUUCAAAUGCUGAUUAAACUGAUGGUUAACUAAAUUAGUUCUCAAAGUAAAUUUUUAUCAAUUUCCCCUUGUUAACUAAACAAAAGCAACCCAAAUAACAUUGACAACUAGUAUUUAAAUCGCGCAUAAUCAUACAACCAUUCGAGUUCUUAAAAUAAAAUGGGAUUUAUAUAGGUUUUUUUUAUAAUGUUUUUAUAGAUUAAAUCAACAGAAAUAAGCUUAUUUUUGUUAAUAACAGAAACAAUUUAAUUAAAGAACAAUGUACAGUCAAACAAAAUUACAAAAGAAAUGUCAAUUGUCUUUUUUAGAUAAUAAUAAUAAUCAUAAUAAUUUGAUUCGCUAAUUGAAUGAUUCAAAUUCGUUAACGAUAUGUAAGUAAUAUUGUUAUUGCCCAGAAAUAGUUAAAGCUUCCCAGCUCCUGUAGCCAAGUGGCACGUCGAUUCUCUUUCUACGAUCGCUAACUCUUCGAAAACUAGAAAAAUGUAUGGGAAUGACAUUUGCAUUUUGACAGAUCACGUGAUCAAGAUCUGUCAUUCCCAUACAUUUUUCUAGUUUUUGAAGCGUUUGCGAUCGUAGAAAGAGAAUCGACUUGCCACUUGGCUACAGGAGUAGAAUAGAUUGACUAUGUUACUGGUAAAUUGUAACUAUUACGAGUAGUUGUUCAAUACGGGCUUAUUUAGUUAAUUUUGCUAAUUCACUGAAUGACUUGCGUUUACAAACCGGGGGUUAGUGAUGUAUUGUUAACUAACGGCUCAUUAACCGAGACAUGUCUGAACCACAUACGUCACUUACGUUAUUUGAAACGACAGCUUUGUAAGUAAUGGCUUACUACAAUUUCAUAUUAACUUUUGACCUUGCAAAUACAGUUGUGAAUCUGGAAAGUCCUGAUUACAUUCCCAGGUUCGAGUCAAUUUAGAAAUGUUUACUCAAAAUACAUGAGGAUUUAAAGAUUAGUCUGUUCUUGUAGUUCAAAACAUCUGACCAUUCUACCGGAAAAGAUUUUACACACAAACGAUUUAAGAUCCGUUUUUAUCUACAGACAUUUAGCGUGCCAGACACGUGCCGUGGCAGACAAAAUAAUAUUCUUCUAUACAGUGUUUAUUAACAUAUUUAUACCUAUCGUAAUGCGGCCGCGCAGACGUUGACAGACACGGGCGUCCGGUCAGUAUUCGCGAAAAGUAUAUUUUGUCCGUGCGGUUCAUGUCUGUAGAGUUAUUUUCAUUAACAUGAAAUUGACAUUGCCUUACACAAAUGACAAUAAGACCGCCAUUACCAAAUGACAAUGAGCGCCAAUAAGACAUUAGCGCCGCGUCUGGGGACUUCUUUCAUGAAAAGGACACGUGUCUCUAGCUACUUGCUGGGCAGUGUGAAUAGACGGUGUCUGUGGGUGUCUGACGCGCUACUUGUCUGUGACGCACAGUGUCUGUAGAUAUAAACGGACCUUUAGUGUUGCGGUACGAUAUUGCCAAGUCGCUCGAUAUGUCAAGUCAAAAAUAUUAUAUUCAUAAAACCGUACAGUUCACUUUGAAUAAUCAAUAAAUUAUUUUUAUGUGAUGACGGUUGGACCAAUUUGACCUUUAACUCGGUGUGUUAGGCUAUUUUUUGCGAUGUCUGAGAUCGCUACUAAGCGCUAACGUGUUAUUUAAUAAGUUUUCCUUCCAAAAAUCUUGUCAAAAACUUUGUUAUGAUAACAGUGGCGUUACUAUAAUUCAUCUGCAGGGUUAUUAUGUAUCUCGGUGUACAAUGGCUAAUUCAUUAGAUGAUACACCAGAAAAUUCUUCAAAUAUUUGUUUUGUAAAUGUUAGAUUGCUUCUGAGCUGGGAGCCCUUUCUUUCCGUGGGCCUGUAACAUUUUGCUAGCCUUUAGAGUGAAAAAGCCUAUAGUUACGUUUAUAUCACUAUUUAAUCAAAAAUACAUUAAAAAUCAUAUUAUUUCAGGGCAUUUGCGUUUAAUAAAUAUUAUUACUUAGUGAAUAUGAGACAGGAUUUAUUAAUUUGUACAUUAUCAUGUAAUUUUCUUAUCAUUAUUUAUUUUUAUGAGGUGUGCACGUUUUUAACCGACUUCAAAAAAAGGAAGAGGUUAUUAUAGCCUAAUUUUAAAAUAAAUUUUGAAAAAGGUGUCAAGAACGUUUAUUAAAUUGAAUAUAUUAGGUACGAAUAUAAAAUGUAGAUAUGCCUUUUUAUGACAAAAAAACACAAGAUGUAAAAGUGUUAGUUGUUAUUUUGUUAAAUAACAAAUGUCUGCUGUUUUUGAUAAUUAUGAUCUGCUUUUCGUUUAUAUAGUAGUCUUUGAAUGAUUUUAAUAUGUUUGAUUUGAAUUCAGUAUGAAAAUAGAUAUAUGUACCUAUUUCUAUAUUCUAUAUAUUUAUUCUAUAUAUUUCUAUAUAUUUAUGCAUUGAAUUCGUUGACUGAACUGUACGACAAUCAUUACUAGGAGUUUUUUUAAUUCUGGUCAGAAUUCAUCGUAAUGGCAGCUGGCUGCCUUUCCCUUUAGAUUAUAAGUUAAUUAUAAAUUAUAUUUGUAAAUAACGUUUUUCCUAUUUAUGCACUUAAUUAGGGAUGAAACUUCAAAGAAUAAAUACACAAAUUCA